AUGACUGGGGACGGUGUGAACGACGCCGUAGCUCUCAAGUCGUCCGACAUCGGCAUUGCCAUGGGGCACAUCGGAACCGACGUUUGUCGCGAGGCGUCCGAUAUUGUCCUGUUGGAUGACAACUUCGCAACUAUCUUGGCCGCCAUGGAAGAAGGAAAAUCAAUUUUCCACAACAUUCGCAAUUUUGUUGGAUUCCAACUGAGCACCUCCAUCGCUGCGCUCUCCUUGAUCGCCCUCUCCACACUGAUGUCACUUCCGUCGCCAUUGAAUGCGAUGCAGAUCCUGUACAUCAACAUUCUCAUGGACGGGCCACCAGCUCAAAGUCUGGGUGUAGAGUCGCCUGACGAGAUGAUCAUCAGACAACCCCCUCGAAGUGCACAAGAUCCAAUACUUGACCGACGGCUUUUAAUCAACGUGCUAAUCGCAUCUGCAACCAUUGUGACAGGAACCUUCGGGAUUUUCUGGCUCGAACUUUCGGACAAUCAUGUGACACCAAGAGACACCACAAUGACCUUCACUUGUUUCGUUCUAUUUGACAUGUUUAACGCGCUGAGUUUCCGAUCUCAGAGCAAAUCUAUCUUUUCUCUCGGAUUCACCACCAAUCGAGUGUUCCUAGUCGCCGUGACAUUAUCCCUGUUGGGCCAGCUCUUGGUCGUCUAUUUCCCUCCUUUGCAACGAAUCUUCCAAACGGAAUCCCUCUCCUUGUACGCUCAUCGUGGUUGCAUGCUCGCGGAGUUCCCGUUCGACAGUGAUGAAUGUGACCUCGCAGAUCAUUCCGUACAUGCUAGAAAGGUUCAACUGAAGACCCACUACAGACUGCGCCUCCGCAUCUCACAAUUCCACUCGUGGCGCUUGCAUCAUCCAACAUCUGGCCUACUUCCCUCCGGAAUCGAUACUUAA